GAAAAGUAAUGGCGACGGUGCAAGUGCUUUGCCCGAAUGGGCGACGUCAAAAUGUUAAAAUAACACCUAAUUCUAAACUUUUACAAGUACUUGAAGACGUAUGCAAGAAGCAAGGCUUCAUUCCAGCAGAAGACUACAAACUUGUGCAUGGCAGGAAGGAUCUUGAUUUGAGCCUCUCUUUUCGAUAUGCAAACCUACCAAACAAUGCAAAAUUGGAACUUCAAAAACUGGAAAAGUCUAGGGCAGAGGAAAAUGUAGGAAUUGCUCUGCAGCUGGAAUCAGGUCAGAGGCUGCAGAAUUCUUUCCUUCCUGGUACAAGUCUGUGGGACAUUCUUCAACACUGGGAGACACAGUCUUGCGAGCAUGCAGGCAAGCUGACUGUUGUUGACGAUAGUCGGACGCCACCUACUCAUCCAGUGUGUAUCUACAUGACAGAAGAGGUGGUUGGUGAGUGUGCUCUGCAGUCCACAACGCUACGUAAACUGGGACUUACAGCAGGCAGGGCUGUAAUACGGCUUGUCCAUCGACCAGUUGAAGAUUCUGUUAUAGCAGGGUUAAUAGCCAAAGCAGACAAGGAGAAAGUAAAGGAGGCUCGUCUUAGAGAAAUAGCAGCUAGGAAACAUGCUGAAAUGCAGGAAAGUUCAUCAUCAGAGAGUCAGACAUUAGUGCCAUCAGGUGACGUCAGAUCCAUCCCAGAGAGACUGGAAACCAAUAUGGAUGCAGACAUUUGUGAUAAUAAGGAGACAAAGAGUGAAGCAAGUUUAUCUGGUCAGGAAGCAAUGGAGGUAGACACUGCUGCAUCUGUGAUGUCUGUGUCCACUGGAGAUACUAGUGAUUCCAAUACAAUAUGUGACAGAGGACAGAACAGUGUACGGAGCCAGAAUCAAGAUCGUGCAAGUGGACAGAGUAGCAUAGAGCAGCUGCGGAGUAUGAACAUACCAGGAGUGGAGAUUUUCACACCAGAUGAUUUCAAUGAUCUACCGCCAGAUCAGCAACAGUUGGCCCGUGCCCUUGCACAGAAAAUGAUGCAGCGUAUCAUGGGGGAGUCAGCACAGAUGCCAUCAAGUCAGAAUGUUGCAGCCGCUAGACCCAGACGAGCACUGCCACAAGCACUGCCACGAGCACUGCCACAACCACAAUUUGCAGAUUUCAAGUUCCCAGAAUCUUCCAAGGGGAAAUCUGUCUACUCUAAUGAACUAAGUGACGUGGACCGAGAGGAGUUCAAGCCUUGUGACAGAGAAACUGUAUUGUUCGAUUUGGACAAGCCAGUUACUAGUUCUCAGCCUGGGCAGACUGAUGAUGAUCUACCUGAUGACUUCUUUGAAGUGACUGAUGCGGACAUUCGGAAAAUGAUGACUGACCUCCAGAAAAAUGCGGAAAACGUGGCCGACGCCCCCCUGAUGACACAGUCCAUGAGGCAGGCCAGACUGGAGGAGAGAUACAGCAAGUACAAGAAGGUUGUCAUCCGGGUACAGUUCCCCGACAAACUGGUGCUACAGGGGAUGUUCAGACCCCGGGAAACUGUGUUUGCUGUUCAGAAGUUUGUAAAAGAACAUCUUCAGGACAAAACGACCCCAUUUUACCUUUAUACAACACCUCCAAAGAGUGUCCUUAAGGACAGGAGCUCCACUCUCAUAGAGGCUCACCUUGUCCCAGCUACACGUAUCUACUUCGGCUGUGAUGUUGCCAAAGAUCACUAUCUCUCAGGCGGUGUAAGGGCCGAGAUUUCUACCCGAGAACAGGCAGAGCAACUGGCAUUCAAGAGCCUUCCCAGCUGUGAGCCAGGUUCCUCGGAAACAGUUGGUCCAAAGUCAGCAGCAGCAACAACAUCCCGAACAGAGUCAUCUAGCACAAGGUCAUCAUCUGGGGCAAAGUCUGGAGAGAAAGCUCCCAAGUGGCUGAAACUUGGCAAGAAGUAACCAAUGUAAUAGUUAUCAUCCUGCCCACUGUCUGUGGUGGUUACAGAUUUUGCUGAUGUCAGUACUUACACAAUCGGAAUCACUACCUCCAUCCCGGGCACAGUGCUAUAUGAUCACUUUUAUGAACCACAGAAGUGAGAUGUACCAUGUAUGAUGCCAUGUUCCAGACAGGUUUUGCAGAAGACUUUUGACAGUUACAGGAAUACUUGUACAAGUUCCAUAUUCAGCCAUAAUUCGAUGCACAUUAUUUCAAGAUAUGCUAGGCACAAGAAAUAUGGGAACCCCCAAAUGGAAUUUUUAGUUGAAACAAUGCUACAUGAAAGUUACAAGCUGAUUGCAUUCGAACCCAGAUCGGAAAUCACUUACGGCUGACACAACAGUCAGCACCAGUUUACCUUUACAUGAUACACGUGCAUUCUAGCCUAUAAAACUGACAGUAAAUGUGUCCCAAUAUCUCUUGUGAAAAUGCCACCUCGACAGUAUCUGACAAACGCACAGAAAUGGCAGGCCAUUGGCAUGAAAAAGGGUGGACAAUCUCAGAAUAGUGUUGCCCGGUCCUUCAGGAAGUCCAAAAGCGUCAUUUCCUGUCUCAUCAACCUUUACCGUCAGACAAGGGGUGUUAAAAUGAGGACCGGUCGAGGAGACAUCCAUUCAAAGGCGUGACGAUGACAGCUAACUGCAGACGUCUUCGUUAUCAGUGGGCUCAGCAAUGUUAGAAGAGGGGAACCGGCAAUGGCGACAUGUGAUGUUUAGUGAUUAAUCCCACCUUUGUUUGUGAUUCACGGAUGGACAAGUGGCGUUGCCGAGGAGAGCGUUAUGGGAGACCCACGGUACAGGAACACAAUUCUUAUAGAGGCGGCUCUAUCAUGGUCUGGGGAGGAAUUUCUUUCAACAGGAGGAGUGAUUUGAUUCUUGUAUGGGGUAAUUUGACAGGCCAGCGGUAUAUGGACAAGAUCUUACGGCCACACAUGGUUCCAGUGGCUCGCAGGCCAGGUUGAAGAUUUGUGUUUCAGGACGAUAAUGCACGUCCUCACAGAGCUCUUGUUGCCGUGAACUUCAUGCAACAACAAGGUGUUACAACUUUACCCUGGCCGGCUAAAACACCAGAUCUAUCCCCUAUCAAACAACUGUGGGAUGUGUUAGGGCGUUGAGUGCGUCUCAGGGAGCCUGCACCAGCAAAUCUGGAUGUGUUAGGGAGAGCACUGCAGCAAGAGUGGCACGUGAUUCCAAGGGCGACAAUUCAGCGGUUGGUGUCCAGCAUGCCUGCAAAGUGGCGUGCAUGUAUUGCUGCUCAUGGUGGACACACUCGUUAUGAAGUAUAUCUGACAUACUUACCGUACAGUUGUGCUGAUUAAAUUAUACAUGCUUCACAAAGUCAAGGGGUUCCUUUAUUUUUUGUGCCUAGUAUAUAUAAAAAAGAUUCUAAGGCAUUUCUUUGGCUGACCAAGAAGUAUUUUGUGUGUGUUUACUGUUUCCGUAGAGAGAAAAGAACAAUAUGACACUCACUCCUGGAUAACUAUUUCCUUGUACGCUGACAGAGUGAAGGUCUUGCCUGAUCGUGCUGAACAUGUCACUGAUUCUGUAUAGUUGUCUACAGGUUUUAGUGCUAUAAGUAGCAGCCACUGAAAUUGUUAUUCAUCUGUUAAUAAGAAACUGACUUCAGUGUAUUUUCAGUGUCCUUUAAUGCAGACAAAUAUAGAAGUAAUAAUUAAGAAAGGUACCUUACUUGUGUCACAGUGUUCUGAGAUGACAAAGAUGUUUAUGAUUGUUUUGGUAAAACAGUUGCCUAUGGCAAUACUGCAUUAUGAUGUUCCUUGACAUUCCUUUAACACAUACUGAGAUGACAGCUUCACAUUUCAACAUGGAUCAGGGUAGCACAUUAUUAUUUACAGGAGAUACGUUUCACCUUUGUUUUAGGUUAAUUCAAUUUAAGGAUAAAUUAAUAGGUAUAAGUAUGAUAACACAGAACUGUUAAAUUUCCUUUUAAAAUUUAAUUUGCAACAAUUCUAGUAUGGUGUGGAGCUGUGAAUAAAGUCUGAGCUAUGGUCAUACAGCUAUGAGAAUUAUUAAGACAGGCAGUCAUUGUGGACAUGUGGAUAAUAUUGAUGUUUGAAGAGGGAUGCUGACUCUUGACUUAACCUUGAAGAUUAUGAGCUUGUAUCACAUGGUGACUGGGUACUAGUGAUGGGAUAAUGAAUAUGAUGCAAUAUUAAAAGACAGUAAUGUGUCAUGUACAAAACCUGAUUUGUUAAUAAAUGUUAAUGUGAU